GGGAGGAGGGGUGGGGUUGGGAAUGGGGUUGGAGGAGAAGGUGGCGCUGCUGGAUCGGGUCGUGAGUGGGUUGUGGAGUGUGGUUGGCGGCGGCGAGCCCGGGGAGGGCAGGUAUGGGAGGGUGGUGAGGGCGUUUGAGCGGUGGGUGGGCACCGUUGAGGCGGUCAUGCACGCGAGGGAGAGGCUGGGGCGGACGUGCGGGCUGGGGCAGUCGCAGGGGCAGGAGCAAGGAGAUCAGGGUGGCGGUGACGGUGUUGGCGAGGGUGAUGAUGAUGAAGAAAAGGGGCUGGUCCUGGUCGGCGAGAUGGACGCCGCGUGGAAGGAGGAGUGCGCGGCGCUGGUCAGGCGCCUGGAUGACUGGCGCCGGGGGCUCCGGGAGCUGGAGGACGGGCCGCCUUUCUUGCCUGCUUCUACUACUCCUGAUACCCCAAGCGAAGAGCCGGGCGAGGACGGCGACGGAGAGGAGUCCAGCAGCAGCAGCAGCAGCCUGGCGCGCAUCCUCGCCGGCUGUCGGGCGCUGGUGCACGGCAUGCUGGCCGAGCUGAACGUCAUGGAGCAGAUCGAGCGGGACGCGGCGGCCGCCGAGAUGCGCUGGGUCAGGGAGAUGAACCGGCGCGGGCUGGGCCGGGCCGACGACGACGCGCCGCGGGCGGGUGCCAUCUGGCGGGUUUUGUGAGCUGCGAGUGGGCGGUGUUUGUUGCGUGAUAGAUAACUACAUAUAUCCCGCGGGCUUGGAGAGGAUGGUGUAUAUGGGUAAGGUGCGUUGACAGAGGUUUCAGCCAUCCCGGGUCAACCACGCGUUAAGAGUAGUCCACUAGUUAUGCUCGAUGGCCUUGAACCGGGCUACGACGAUCAGCCGU